AUAUAUGUAGUAAACUGAGAUAGAGUGAGAAAUCUAUUUUACAGUUGAGCACGGUGAAUUGGGUCUGAAUAAUACUUCCUUUGUUAAAGGGAUCUGAAGAUGGGAUCAACCAGUCUGGUGGUGGCAGAUUCCAUCAAAGUCUUAACCCAGAAUGGAGAAUGUCAGAUUGAUAUGUGUCUAGGGGAUAUUACCAAACUCAAGAGGAAGGAUAAAGUUGAUGUCAUUUGUGUUUCUGCCUUCGCUAAUGACUAUGCCCCUACACCUACCUCAGUGAUUGGAGCCUUGAAGCGGACAUUGGAUAUCAGCGUCAGAGACCUAGCCAGGGAUAAAGAGGAAGAUCUUCGUAAACUCUACUCCUGCUGGUGGUCUAAACCCCUCCCUGAUAAGCUUCCUUAUAAGAGACUUCUCUGCUUUGAAACUAGGAGCUUUGGAGCAGCAGGGCGCCCUCAAGAGUUGGUAGCUAAUGUCUUUCGUUGCUUGGUUCCCAUUCUCAAUAACGAAGAUGGUAGCGUUAUCACUCCACUGCUUAAUACUGGCGAUCAGGGGUAUGGUGAGGUAAGCAUGAUGAAAGGUAUGGUUGAAGCUGCCGUGAAGUGGAUGAAAGCAGGACUACCUCUCAGGAUUCUUAAACUGGUUCUCUACGCCAAGGUGAUCGAUGGUGAUCUUCAGAGCCAUUCUCUUAGAAGAUUCAGCGAGGUCCGUAAGAAGUUUACUGAGCUCAAGGAACGCUAUGAGAUGCAACUCCUCUUACCUAAGGCUGUGCCGUUGGAGUUUGAUGUUUAUCUAUCCUUCAGUGAGGAAGAUGAAGGGGUUGCUAAGGUGAUCCGAGAGAAGUUGACUGGAGCAAAGGAAGGUGUUCGUAUCUAUGAUAGUUCACAGCAGGGUAUCAAUAAAGAUAGUGUCUUUCAAGAAGAUAUGUAUACUAUCAUGAUGAAGAGUGCAAGGGUAGUUACAGUGUUGAGCCCCAAUUACUUGAAGAACAAGGCAUGUAUAGAACAAUAUAACAUCGCUCUUUGCUGCAAUCGAAGAGCACUCCGUGAUAUGCUGGCCCCUAUCUAUGUAGACUCGGUUGAGAUGAUGCCAACAUACAUGGGUCUUGUUCAAUAUGUUGACUGCAGACCUCAUGAUCCUUCAAAGAUAGGAGAAGCGUGCACUCAGCUUUCAGUUUCUCUAUCUGUUACCUUCCAUACUGAGCUGAGAGUAGCUGAGUUUGAUCCUCUCCGAUAUGACAUCUUCCUCUCAUACUCACAUUGUGAUACAGAGAAGGCUAAUCGCUUUGUAGCAUUGCUCCAAAAACUAGCCCCAGACCUGAAGCUGUUCUUUGAUGUCCAAGAAUUGAAAACAGGUAAAUCCUGGCAGCGUACCCUCUAUCACUCUAUCGAUGGCUCUCGAUGUAUGCUAGCUCUCAUAUCAAAACCUUAUCUCAAAUCUGCUGUGUGUCAAGAGGAGUUUGCUCUUGCUCAGGCCAAACAUUACUCAAAGGGUAAGCAGCACCUUCAACUCAUCCCAAUCUGCCUUGAAGACCUAGACGCCAUCCAGACAGAAUUCACUCAUAUUCCAAUGGUCAAGGGGACACCAGAUGUCUUUGAUGAUAUGGUGAAAACUGUAUGUCCAGCGGUCAUUCAGUGGCUUAAAGGAGAGAGAGUGGACCAGACAGAAUCUAUCAAGACCCUGUUUGAUGAUCAGAGUAUCCCAACCUUGUCAGCUGAUGAAGAGAUGGAGAAGUUCCGCCAUACUAGUUUCCAGAAGGAGUUUGGAAGCAAAGACAGUUUGCUAUCAGCCAAGAAAGCUUUCCCGCCUGUCCUGAGUAAAAUUCUACCCGAUGAAGAGGAUAAGAAAGAUGAACGUCCUAUGUCUGCCUCAGACUGCGAUCUUAUCUUCAGUUACCAUAGCGACGAUGAGAAGUAUGUAUCCUUCAUGGCUAGACUCCUUGCUAUGAAAGCCCCGUCUUUGAAAGUGAAAGCCGUUUCCAGCGACGAACACAACAAACUCAGUUCCUUGGAAAGAUCCGAAUGCAUCGUUCCAGUGCUCUCACCCAACUACCUUGAAAGCCCAGAAUGCGUUGAAGAGUUCCACAUCGCCAUCUGGAGACAGAGGAUAUCCAACCCAGAGGCCGGGUCGCUGCUUCCGAUAUCCGUCCACACUCUCCCUCAGAAGCCGACGUACUUCCAUCUGGUUCAGACUGCCGUUAGUCUGACAGAUGGAUUAUGGGCCCAGCUGACUGGUGAACAUAUGUGUGGUUUAUCCCGAGAUGUUGUUGAUUUGAGUAGUUCAUUGGGUAAAAUGCAGCUCUCUCAGGUUGACAUGUUGGCUCUCUAUAUGGCUGUUUAUCACAUCCUCAGGAGAUUUGAAAAAGGGAGGAAUUGUAAAGAAGAUGACUUUCCUACCAAGCCGGCUCUGAUUAAUGUCAUGAAGCUCAAAGAACAAACCAAACAGAUUACUGAACCAGAUUACACAGAUCAGCUGUGCAAGACCCUCCUGGACCUUCAUAUUGAUGACAUCCCAGAGAGUUGGAGAGAAGGCAGUCAUUACCUAAGACUCGAAGAAAACAAAGACACACUACCAGCCAGCAUGGCUGCCACGGAGGACAACAACAGCUCUCAAACGCACAACACUGUGAAUGAGACCACCAAUGAUUCCUCAGGAAGAAAUCAGAGUGAUACACAAGAAAAGAAAGCAGGACAACAAUCAUCGAUAGAGGUUCCCAAAGAUACUGCCCAACUGAUGGAAGCGGAGGGACAAGACAAGACGCUCGGCUCGGCAGGAGAAGAUAAACAGGCACAAAGGCAACAGUCUAAAGAACCUUUAGCAGUAGCUAAAGCAGAAGAGGACACGUUGGCAGAGAAACCAGACUCGUCAGAGGAAGAGACAGGUGCUCAUGGGAUUGAUGGGGAUGAAAUUAUUGGUCACCAUGGUGAUGGAAGAGGGGAUGGGUCGAUGGAAGAAGGCGAAAAAGAAAAACAAGAAACGGAGGAUGAAGAUAUCAAGUAUGGAAGGGUGUACAUGUCUGCUCAUCGCUCAUCUGCAUGUGUAUGUUUGUGAACGGUAAUUACAUUUAUGCAUAGGUUUAAUAUAUGCAAUGAAUCCUGUCCGUAAUGAGUUUUCAUAUUACAUUAAUAAUUUUUUAAUUUGAAUCACCUAUAGAAUUUUUUUUGUUCAUUUUUAGUAAAAAUACAUGCAUCUCAGAUUAAUGAAUUAUUUCUGCCAAAACAUAUCAGGAAUUGGACAAGAGCAAUGUAACACAAAACUGAUUGAUAUUGAGUUUAGGGAUUGAUUGUAAAUAAUUAACACUAACAGUGCAAUCAAUUGUUAAAAGUCAAAUAGACUUUGCGUAACAGGGUUCACGGCAAUGAGAUAAUCUGUAUACUAUGGAAGGGGCAUUUCUGGUAUCGAUGCCUAUGUAAGCACAUCAAGCAUGGAGCGUUGUGGCCCAGUGGAUUAGCCUCCGGACUUUGAAACAGAGGGUCAUGGGUUCAA